UACCACUCGUUUUUUACGUUUCUUUUAAUUCCACAAUUAUUUUUGCAGAUAUUAAAGAAGAGCAAAUUGUGAAAUAAGUUAGGAGAACAGAUUUUUAUACACACAAAUAUGUUGGAGGUCUCGUUUAUAUAAAGCUAUUCAUUUGUUCACCAGUUAUUUUUAUUAGUUAGCAUAAUAUUAGGUUAAAUCAGUAUUUGUCGUGUUUUAUAAAUUCCGAAAGUAAUAAGGAAGAACAUCAAUGACUCAUUCUGCAAAACAAAUGGUCAAUCAUGAUUGUUUUUCUACGAUCCAUCAGAAGAGGUGGUUGGAGACGCAACAUUUCAAAAAUGCCGACCAACGAUGGAAAGGGCAAGAGUUCAGAGAGCAGCAAGGACAUAAAGAAAUCCAUAGAGAAGACUCGAUCUAAUCCGAUAGAUGCGUUCAAUGGCUACGACUGUUUCCUCCCGGAUCAGAAGGGCGACGUGCAAGUCUGCAUAAUUGGGGGUGGUGAGGCACCGCUUUACACGGCUGCCCUUUUAAAACAAUCCCGACUAAUAAAACGUCUGAACCUGGUGGACACGACGAACACAAUGGCUGGUGCAGUUUUAGACACAAGUCAUAUCGACACGUCCACCCGAAUUAAGCACUACACAAAGAAACGUAUAAAGAACGCCCUGAAGCAAGCAAACAUAAUCGCUCUAAUGGAUGAAUCGGAGCCAAAGGGGGUGGAUCUGAACCCGAAGAUUCAAUUCGAAUCUGCGGCAUCGUACGUGUACGAGAUGGCAGAACAAAUGGUAACGGUGAGCUCGGACGCAUUGGUCGCCGUUUUCGUUCAACCGGUAACGGCGACACUGCCCAUGAUCUCCGAGAUCUACAAGCUCUGUGGAUGGUGGGAUCCGGACAGGAUCAUCGGUUCUACGUCUUUCCUGCGCAUGCGAAUGGAAGCCACAACCGCGAGUCUCCUCGAUCUGGAUCCGGCAUUCCUAUCGAUUCCUAUGGUAGCUGGUGCAGAUCCAUACACCAUUGUUCCUCUUCUGUCACGAAGCAGCCCCAUCAAUCGAUUCAAUCAUGUGCAACAAGAAAUGUUACUACAGUCGCUGCGUGGAGCGGAUAAGGAAAUAGCAAGCAUCGAUGGCAGGGGACCGAUUUUAUCAGUCGCUGCAGCCGCUGCCAAGUUUAUCCUUGCACUCGCCGGUGGACUCAGUGGAUCACCGAAUGUCUACACCUCCGGUUACGUUCGAUCGAACGUGUUACCGAUUUGUCGGUUUUUCACCACCGAAUUACAAUUAGGCCCGGGCGGAGUGCAAACGAAUUUCGGACUGCCGAAAAUGUCGCCGGCGGAAGUAGUACUGGUCGAGCAAGCGGUACCCAUAAUCAAUGAGUUCGUUCACACGGCGAUAAAAACUGUUUUCAGCUACAGCUACGUGAAGCAAAAAAGCACGUAGCAUUGUUCCCUCUUGCAAAGACGAUUGCACAACGGCGGCGUUAAAUUCGUUAAUGAACGCAAGCCUUUUUGUGCAAAAGCAAGACACGCAAAACAUUCGGAGUGUCAUAACAACUAAAUUUGCUGUUGACGAUAACAUUGGCAUCAUUGUUUCUUCCUAAACUGUUAACGACAUUGAUGAUUUACGAGUAUUCGUUAUGUCUGCAUAAAUCUUGCUGAAAACGAUCAAUAUGUACGCUGUCGCCCUAAUGUAUGCGACCAUGACGUCUCAAAAAAAAAGCAAAGAAACGGAAAAAAGAACAUAUGCAUUGUUACUUUUUCUAUGCAGUCGGAUGUAAUUAG